CUUUAACGCAUUACAAAUUGACGUUGUUAAUGAAAUAAAAACAAGAUCGUAGUAUAAAAACCCGGCGUCCACGAUAAAGCAGCCAGUCAAAAAUUGAUUUAAGUAUAUCCCCACUACGUUUGGGACUGGAAUAUAUAUCCCGUAUAGUACCGUACGUCGUCCACUUUAACAAGCACGGUGUCUUAUACAUCAGUGUUUAGAGCACUCAUAGUGGCAAAUUGGUGAUAUUUAGUGUUUUGUGGAAGUAAAGAGAAAAUGGGUAGUAGCACAUCAGCUCUUAAUUUUGGCGCUGGGCCAGCCAAAUUACCCCAAGAGGUUUUAAAAGAUGUACAAUCAGAACUUUUGUGUUACAAAAACUGUGGAAUGAGCAUAAUGGAGAUGAGCCACAGAUCCAAAGAAUAUGACAAAAUUAACAACGAUGCUCAGAAAGCUAUUAGAGACUUGUUGACUGUUCCAAGCAACUAUAAAAUCCUCUUGAUGGCUGGAGGUGGUCUGGGUGGAUUUGCCGCCAUCGCUAUGAACCUCAUAGGCCGUACCGGCACCGCCGAUUAUGCAGUUACUGGAACCUGGUCGAACGCAGCCUUUAAAGAGGCCUCCAAAUAUGGUUCCGUCAAUCUUGUAUUUCCGAAAGCAGAAAAACCCGGUAAAAUUCCCGACCAAAACACUUGGGUCCGCAACCCAAAUGCUUCCUAUUUGUAUUACUGUGAUAACGAAACUGUCGACGGUGUAGAAUUCCCAUACAUUCCGGAAACAUUGCCAGGUGUUCCCUUGGUGGCUGACAUGUCAUCCAGCAUCAUGACCAAGAAGUUCGACGUUUCGAAGUUCGGCUGCGUGUUCGGUGGAGCCCAGAAAAACAUUGGACCUGCUGGUGUCACUUUUGUCAUUAUAAGAGAAGAUCUCUUAGGCAACCCUAUGAAAAUAUGUCCAGCCAUCCUCGACUUCACAAAUAUUCACAAAGCCAACUCCGUUCAUAAUACACCAACUACUUUCUCUGUGUACGUUAUGGAGAAGGUGCUCCAAUGGAUUAUUAAGAACGGUGGAAUAGAAGGAAUGGAAAAUCAGUCUAAAGAAAAAUCUACUCUUCUUUAUGAUGCUAUUGAAAAAUCCAACGGUUUCUACACAUGUCCCAUUGACGAAAAUGUGAGAAGUAGGAUUAACAUUCCAUUUAGAAUAGGAAGACCCAACGGCAACGAAGAGUUGGAAAAGAAAUUCCUGGUUGAGGCUGAAAAACAAUACAUGCAACAACUCAAAGGCCACAGAAGUGUGGGUGGUAUAAGAGCUUCUCUGUACAAUGCCGUCAGUCUUUCAGAUGUAAAAGCCUUAGUCAAAUUGAUGAAGUCCUUCCAAGAGGCUAACGAUGUAUAAAAUGUUCUCUCCUUUAAUUAUUAAUAAACAAUAUUUAUUUUAUACUUUAUUAUAAGGUAUUUAUAAGACUGGAGGUUGUUUAGAAAGGUUGCUAUUAAGGAUAACAUGGUCAGGCCAUGAUCUUUGUGAUUGAACAGUAUCAAUAAAUAUAAUGUAUAUAGA